GUAAUUCGUAAGAAACUUCAGGACACAGGUAGAAAAUCAAAAUGUUUUAUUUCUAUUUUAAUCUUGUAUUUCAACUCACUCCCGCCGAAUACAAUCUGUCGAUUUAUCAUCAUUCAGCAUUUGAUGACCAUGUCACUUACAACUCUCUACGAAAAACUAAUGAAAAACGCACAGCCGUCACAGUGGCGAAAAAUCGUCGCUGAAGACCUAGAUUUGGAUUAUUGUGAGAGAUUUCUGACAGCGGCUGAGAGCGCAACACUCCUGAAUUACAUGGAAAACAACGUGAGUUACUUCGACGGUCGACUUUCACAGGUGAAAGUCUUCGGACAGUAUUAUCCCAUACCCAGGCAACAGGUUGCGUUUGGUGACGCAGGUUUAUUGUACAAGUUUUCUGGUACGGUCGUACCAGCGCAACCAUGGCCGCAACCGCUGUACGAUCUGAAGAGGAAAAUUUGCACCACCCGUGGAGUCGAUUACAAUUUUGUUCUGGUCAACAGGUAUAAAAAUGGAGAAGAUCAUAUGGGCGAACACAGGGAUGACGAAGUAGAAUUGGACAAAACAGUACCUAUUGCAUCUAUAUCUUUGGGCCAGACGAGGAAAUUUGUGUUUAAACAUACCGAUGUACGAAAGAAGAUAAGACAAGUAGAACUUGUAAAAUUAGAUUUACACAAUGGAAGUCUUUUAAUGAUGAAUCAGCCUACAAAUGAAUAUUGGUAUCACUCGAUUCCCAAAGAAAAAAAUGCCAAAAAUAUUAGACUCAAUUUCACAUUCCGUAAAAUCAAAUGAAUUAAAUUAUUUUUAUACAUUUUACUGACCAAUUUCAUUUAUAUUUACAUGAUAUAAAUAUAUUAAUGAUACAUUUUUAAAA